UAAUAAAUAUUAAUGACUAUACGAAAUGUUAUCGUUGAUUUAUUUUUCUUCGUGGCUUUAGUUUGAUUUUUAAACUUGAGUAAAAAUGUCGCGUUUCUAUUUCUUAGCGAAUAAUGUGAUAAACAAAUUAAAUAUUAUUUCUUCCUGGUCGGUUAAUAGAGCUUUAUCAUCACGUAAAGUUGAGCUUAAUAGCAUUAAAGUUACUGGGUUUACCAAUAGUUUUAAUCAUGCCAAUUGGGGCGUCCGAUGUUACUCAAACUGCUUAAACAUUCAAAAUCAAAAAUCGAUUAUUAAUAAUAAUAAUAUAUUCAAAAGUUUUGUUCCAUGUGUUGAUGGCUUUCAAGGUCUAUUAUUACAUCAGUGUAUUUGGAAAAAUAUUGACAAGUGGUGGAACAAAACAGCUUUGAUAAACGCAGUCACUGGAAAGUCUUAUACGUACCGAGAAUUAAAGAAAUUGAGUGGAAAAUUUGCGACGUCCUUGAGAAAAAAUAAUCUUCGGCCUGGUGAUACUAUUGCUGUUGUGCUUACCAAUGUUCCAGAGUACGCAAUUGUUGUACUUGGUGCGAGUGAAGCCGGAGUUUGUGCAACAUUGAUUAACCCAGCGUAUACUGCUGAAGAAAUAAAAAAACAAUUAGAAAACUCUGAAGCAGCAGCUGUCGUAACAUUAACUUCGAACUAUCCAAUUGUUGCUGAGAGUAUUAAAGGGAACUCGGUCAUUCGUUUGCCGAUAAUUGUGAUUGAAGAAAGAACAGACAGUCCAACGCCUGAGAAUAGUAUUAAUUUCAAAGAUCUUAUUGGCGAUGGCGUUGAAGAGUUUGAAAAAACUGGCCUACAAACAGAACGGAAUCCCGAAACUGAUACUGUUUUUUUACCGUACUCUAGUGGAACAACUGGAUUGCCGAAAGGUGUGGAGUUGACUCAUAGAAAUGUUGUUGCUAAUAUGUUUCAAGAACGGGUGAAAGAAGUAACAGCUUCCAGAGAAGCUAUCGGUGAUCAUCAAGAAAUAUUACCUGUAUUUUUACCUAUGUAUCAUAUUUUUGGCUUAGUAGUUUGUAUGCUUAAUUAUCUUGGUUUAGGAGGAAAAGUAAUCUGUAUGCCAUCAUUUUCAUCAACAGCAUUAUUAGAGGUAAUGAAUAAACACAAAAUAACAUCUAUGUACGUGGCACCCCCAAUUGUUCAGAUGCUGGCAAAUGAUGAUCGAUUUACGAAACGUCAUAUAGAGAGUAUUAAAUUAAUAACAUGUGGAGCAGCACCGACUGGCGAAGAAGUGAUUGCUAAAUUUUUAAAUCGCGUUGGUACCCAAGUAAACUUUGCCCAAGGAUACGGCCUCACGGAAACUUCCCCGGUGAUAUCCAAAAGUGUAAGCGCUCCACUUGAGUCAUCAGGAAUUUUAGUGCCGAACACUGAAGUACGCAUCGUUGGACAUGAAGAACAUAAUAGAGGAAAUAAUUUGGGAGUUGAUGAAACGGGUGAAAUUUUUGUACGAGGCCCGCAAGUUAUGAAAGGAUAUUUUAAAAAUCCAAAAGCUACCGCUGAUACUAUGGAAGGUGAUUGGUUUAAGACCGGUGAUUUAGGUUCUUUUGAUGACAAAGGACAUUUGUACAUACGAGGACGACUCAAAGAGUUGAUAAAAGUUCAAGGUUACCAGGUGGCACCGUCGGAACUGGAAGAUAUUAUUCAGGGUCAUGAAAAAAUAGCUGAUGCAGCAGUUAUAGGUGUGUUGCAUGAAAGAUACGGGGAAAUUCCAAAAGCUUUUAUAGUACCAAAAGCAAACAUGUUAAUUGAUGGCCAAGAAAUAAAGGAUUACGUUGCUAAACGUGUUGCUAAAUACAAACAACUUGGUCACGUUGUUAUAAUUGAUAAAAUUCCGAAAAGUGCUGCGGGUAAAAUUUUACGUCGAGAGUUGCAAAAAAUCUGAUUUCUUUUUUACAAUUAUCUGUUUGAAUUUAUUUUUUAUUUAUUUAAUUAUUUUUUUUUUUUUUUU